CCGGCACCGGCACCAGGACCGGCACCGGGACCAGGACCGGGACCGGCACCGGGCGGCGAGCGCACUGCGGGCGGCCCCCGGCGCCGCCGCCAUGAACCACAAGAGCAAGAAGCGGAUCCGCGAGGCGAAGCGCAGCGCCCGGCCCGAGCUGAAGGACUCGCUGGACUGGACUCGCCACAACUACUGCGAGACCUUCCCGCUGAGCCCCGGCGCCUGCAAGGAUAAUGUGGAAAGGGCCGAUGCACUCCAGUUAACAGUGGAAGAGUUUGUUGAGCGUUAUGAGAAACCUUACAAGCCUGUAGUCUUGCUGAAUGCUCAGGUGGGCUGGUCUGCUCAGGAGAAGUGGACUCUGGAACGUCUCAAACGCAAGUAUAGGAACCAGAAGUUCAAAUGUGGUGAGGACAAUGAUGGUUACUCUGUGAAGAUGAAGAUGAAAUAUUACAUAGAGUACAUGGAGACCACACGUGAUGACAGCCCGCUCUACAUCUUUGACAGCAGUUACGGAGAGCAUCCCAAGCGUAGGAAACUCCUGGAGGACUACAAAGUGCCCAAAUUCUUCACUGAUGAUCUUUUCCAGUAUGCAGGAGAAAAGCGAAGGCCGCCUUACAGAUGGUUUGUGAUGGGCCCACCUCGCUCUGGAACAGGAAUCCACAUUGAUCCCUUGGGAACUAGUGCUUGGAAUGCCUUAGUCCAGGGACAUAAGCGUUGGUGCCUCUUCCCCACCAGCACUCCCAGAGAGCUGAUCAAAGUGACCCGAGAAGAGGGAGGGAACCAGCAGGAUGAAGCCAUCACCUGGUUCAAUGUCAUAUAUCCCAGGACACAGCUCUCCACCUGGCCCCCUGAAUUCAAACCCCUGGAGAUCUUACAGAAACCAGGCGAGACAGUCUUUGUGCCAGGUGGCUGGUGGCACGUGGUCCUCAAUCUCGACACAACCAUUGCCAUCACACAAAACUUUGCCAGCUGUACCAACUUCCCCGUGGUGUGGCACAAGACGGUAAGAGGGAGGCCCAAAUUAUCACGGAAAUGGUACCGGAUCUUAAAGCAGGAACAUCCUGACCUAGCAGCGUUGGCCGAUUCAGUUGAUUUACAGGAAUCUACUGGUAUUGCUUCUGAUAGUUCUAGUGAUUCUUCCAGUUCUUCAAGUUCUAGCUCCUCAGACUCUGAUUCAGAGUGUGACUCUGGCUCGGAGACAGAGGGAAUGAUGCAUCGGAGGAAGAAGAGGCGGACGUGUAGCAUGGUGGGGAACGGUGACACAACGUCCCAAGAUGACUGUGUGAGCAAAGAGCGCAGCUCCUCCAGGAUUAGGGACUCUUGUGGAGGCCGCACUUAGCCCUGAGAGAUCAGAACACCCGUCUAGAGGCAGCUGCCGCUCGGAGCUCCGUUAGCAGCCAGCCAGCUCUGUUCUACCCCCUUCUGCUCCUCCUUCUCAUGGUCCUUGAGUUUCUGUCACUUUGAUCCAAACAUCUGUCUUCGUUCCGUACUGUGGAAGGUUGGCUCCUCUCUAACCUAAGGGGGAACGGCCCGGUUCGACGUGACUGUGCAAUGCUUUGUCCCCUCCGCGCCCCGAGUGAGUGCACUAAGUACCCAGCCCUGGGUAAGGACAUGCCAAGUAUUUACUGGCUCACGUGACUGGCAAGGAAGACAACGGUCCGUUUUUAAAGAACUCUUUUUAAAAAAAAAACAGCGGGUAGAUGUAGAAACCUGCCUUGCUUUGACACUGUCAUAUGUUUACAUGUUGUCCUGUACACUUGAGGAAAGGAACACCAGCCCUCCUGGCCUGGCCGAGCGUCCGAGGGAUCUUGUACUGGAAUUUCAGGAUGGGGAGGUGGUAGGAAUGCUUCAAACACUGAAGUAGCUUCAGUGGACGUGAGCGCCUACCCGAAGCGUCUCUCGUGGUCUUAAUCUACGUGCAUGCACUAAACCAGGUUGAUAAGGUGCAACACCUUAACCAGCAACAGUCCUUUUACUUUUGCUCUGUGUCRGUGAGUAGUAACAAAGACGCACUAGCACCUUGCCACAGAAAGCCGGGGGAACAGGAGAAUCUUGGAGCUUCUUGCACAGCAAAGAAGUCUGCAGUUGCCACUAGGGUGCUGGGGUCCCGUUCACCACUAGGCAAUAACUGGCAGGUCGAUUCUUAUAGUAACAGCCAUUGCUGGGCUUUAAAUACCAAGCAGUUACAGUGCCAUGGGCGUCUUCAGGCCGGUGCAGCUCACACACAAAUGGUUCUUUGAGGUUGUGGCUUGGGUAAUUUGCAGAAUUAGUGGUGCCAAUUUGAAAGGUCUGGGAGGGGGACAYGUCUGAUCGUUUUAAAAAGAAAGAAAAAAGUGAUUCUUAAGUCUAURUAGAUGAAUUUGUGCCAGGUGAAGCCCUUGUCCCUAAGGGACGUGCAGGAUUUUUUUUAAGCAGGGGCUGUGGUAGUGUCAGCUGUCGGGGUCCUGCUGAAGCUGCACCACAAGGAAAUGGUUCCUUAUCCUCUGAUGUGAAGAGCAGAGCCGGGAGCGGCUGGGUCGGGAUGCUGCCCCGGGAGCUCCUGCCCGAGGAGAGGACACGAGGUGUCACCUCAGUGCUGCUGGUCGGAAGAGGAAGCGUGGUGGAGGACGUGUGUCGUUCUGCUAACCACACAGGAAUGCCCAGGUCCUUGCGUACCAAGCAGCAGGUGGGCAGCCUUAAGUGUGACUUUCUUACACGUAUUCGAUUGGGUAGAACCCAGAAUGUUGCUCGUUUGGGUUUUUCCAUUUUAGCUUUUUUAACCUUGUUUUUCUUCCUAUUUAAACACCCUCUCCCUUUUUGGAGACCAGGCCACAGGCUGUUUUACAAAGGAGCCCUAUUUAUAUUUGUCACGAUUUGUUUCUGAGUAUUCUGUGCUGAUCACUUCACGUAAAACCAACGUAAUGGUGGAAAAGCUGGAAGGAGGGAAGGUUUAUUGGUCCUCUCAGUCGUCCAGACCCCUGAGUGUCUUGGGGAUAGCCAGGUGUGAAUGAGCCUUCUGCCUGAAGGAAACCUCCCAGCCUUCUGGCCAAGGUUGCCUUCUCAUUGCCCAGCUCAACAGCCCAGGAGCCUGUACAAAGCACAUAGUCCUCAUCGGGCAGAGCGAGCUGCAACUGCUGCUUCUUGGGAGAGAAUAGGGUUGGAUUGGGAAAGGCUCAGGGGCUGCUGCAGCCCUCGUGGCGAGGGGAGCUCUGUUGUGAACACUGCUGCGGUGUGAGCAAGGCGGCCUCUUCUUGGGUGCUGGCUAAGGUAAGGUGGCUUCUGCUGUGGCUUCCCGUUGCUUUGGGCAUGCACGGCUGCAGCUUUGCCCUCUGCGGAUCUCCGCCGCGCUCGCCAGGCUCACGGCGGCGCCGGGAAAGCCGGGCCUGCUCCAUCCGAAGCACAAGCGGCUGAUCCGCACUGCAGAAUACCCCUCUGUGCCUGUGAACUCUUGGGUAGCGUGAAAUAAACCCUUUCAAACGGAAGCCCGUGUUCGGCUGACGUCGCUCGCUGCGAGGCGGCGGGUCUGAGCGGAACGGCAGGCGCCGGCGUCGCAGCAACGCUGUACGACUCGUCCACGAGGCACUUUCUCGUCCGAAAUAAGGUAUUCCCAAGUCCAGGAAUUGGGACUCCGGGAUCUCCGGGUCUGCUGCUCGCAGGCUGUUGCCUCGGCCGCCCUGGUGAGCUUGUCUGUUUUAUUAGAUGGAAAAAUACCUACCUCACAGGGGUGUUGUGAGGCUGAAAUGUAAUUACUGUGUAAGCUGCUCUGAGGUGCUCCUCCUGCAGCAAGUGCUCCAGAAACGGGAGGCCGGCUCCGACCUCCUGAGCUGGCAGUAGCUUUUCCCACCGGAGCGCGUUAGGGAGGCUCUUGGUUCCAUAGCAGCCCCCUUCAAAGCGGCACGUAGGGCACAAACUGUGUCUGAGGGAGACUCUUUGGUUUCACCAGAGCUUAACUGUUGGCGUUUUGUGGCCUGUUCCAAAGAGGACGUCCUCCCCGAUGAGGAUUUUUCCUCACGUGGGCCAGGCGAGUUAUCCCUGAUAAGGGACUGAGCCUCCCUGGCCUUAUAGGAAGGAGGGGGGAACUAGUCCUGUGGAGCCCCUUGUUCCAAACCAGG